AUGUCUCACAUUGUUCCCGAACCUACCCUCUUAGGUGCUUUAGCCAUACUAGCGGGUCUAUGCUGCUGGCAGCUCUUACGCGUAUCUUCAGUACUGCGUGACAUACCCGGCCCGUCCUUGGCCAAGGUCACCGACCUCUACCGAGCUGCCCUCGUCAAGACGGGACGAUCCCAUGAAAUCUACCAGAAAUACCAUGAGAGAUAUGGUCCACUUUUGAGAAUUGGGCCGAACAUGGUCUCGGUGGCGGACCCGGCCGCGAUCCCCGACAUCUACCCUAUGCGUCCAGGCUUCCCAAAGGGUGCAUUAUACGAUGCUUUCAUUCCCUACGUCAAAGGCGGGUCGGCGCCGCCAGCGAUCUUCACUGCACGAGACGAGGAGCUUCACAAGAGGAUCAAGAGUCCUGUUGCCCCACUUUACUCUCACACGAACGCGGUCAAGAGCGAGCCCUUUAUCGACGAGGUGCUCGGUGUGCUGUUUGAGCAACUGGACAGCAGGUUCGUCAAACCCCAGCAGACCUUCGACCUCGCGGACUGGCUCCAGUUUUUUGCAUUUGAUGUCAUGGGCACCAUGACGUUUUCCGAGCGAUAUGGGUUCCUCGAGACGGGCCGGGACGACCAAGGCAUCCUCGGCGCGAUUUGGAACUUCAUGUUGACCGUGGGACCGAUGACCCAAGUCCCGUGGCUCGACAAGUUGCUGCACAAAAACAGCAUCAUGGCUACACUGAACAAGGGAAGCGGAAACGUCAUUUUCCAGAUUGCCGCCAACGCCGUGGCCCAGCGGAAAGCCGAAGCGGCGAAGAAAGAACAGGGGGCCGUAGAGAAGGCGAAGCCUGACUUCCUGGACGAGUUCUUGAAUAUCCAAGAUGAAACACCGACAAUUCCGCCAUGGUCUCCCCUCGUCUGGACCUUCUCAAACGUGAUCGCAGGGUCCGACUCGACCGCCGUCGUCAUGCGGACAGCCAUGUACCACCUCUUGUCUCAUCCCUCCUCGCUCGAUCGUCUCUCUGCAGAGCUCGCGCCGCUCUCCCGGCCAUACCCAACGUCAUCCGAGCUCGCAAACCUGCCAUAUCUAGGCGCCUGCGUGAACGAGGCCGUCCGACUUCACCCGCCCUUCUGUCUGCCACUUGAGCGCGUCGUGCCGGCGGGCGGGGCGACCAUCUGUGGGCGCAAGUUCCCUGCGGGAGUUGUAGUCGGCAUGAACCCGUUUGUGGUGAACCGGCACCGGCCGACCUUCGGCCAAGAUGCAGACAAAUGGCGGCCCGAGAGAUGGCUGGAGGGUGACGUAGAGCAUCAGAGGAAGCUAGCGCAGUCCAUCAUGACGUUCGGUGCCGGCCGAAGGAUAUGCCUUGGCAAGCACGUUGCGCUAUUGGAAAUCAAGAAGACCGUCUCAGCCCUUCUAAUGAAUUACAAUUUCAAACUGGUGGAUCCAAAGGCUUAUGUUGUUGAGAACUCGUACUUCUUCCGGCAGAAAGGAAUUAUGGUGCAGGUUAGCAGGCGUAGCUGAUGGGCAUUUAGAGGGGUUCCUUGGGUGCAUGAAGUGGCCAUCAUAUGCCAGGCCGUGUGCCAGACCAGAUCGAACUUUAGCUAUGGGCUCGCACAAGAUGCGGAAGAGAGACCUUGUAUGUUGCAUGUUGCGG